AUGCGAGGCAAAAUUAUACUUGAAGAGCAUGUUGGCAUGCCGGAGGACAAUCCGGUCGAGAGACUACGGCUUGCAUCGCGAAAUUCGGAAGAUCUCGCCAAGGCACUUCUUGAGAUUCAUGGGGCUCGACUAGACGAGAUGAACGCUAACGGCGUGGAGAUGGCAAUAAUGUCCCAAAAUCCUCCUGGUCCCCAAGGCAUCAGAAAUCCAAAAGCUGCUGAAGAAUAUGCUGUGCGGUCAAACAACUAUAUCGCAAACCUCGUCGACAAAGCGCCAGAGAGAUUUUCAGCCUUUGCUGGUGUCUCGAUGCAUGAUCCAGCUAACGCUGCCGCUGAGCUGACGAGGUGUGUAAAGGAGUUAGGUAUGGUCGGCGUCAUGCUACACGACGCUCAAGAGUAUCUUGAUGCCGAUGGAGCAGUUAAGGAACAGUUUUAUGAUGAUCCUAAGUAUGACACCUUUUGGGCGACCGUUGAAUCGCUGGAUGUCCCAGUUUACCUCCACCCUAAACCACCAAUACCACAAGAGUUUCUACGGCUGUAUAAGACCAGGCCGUGGCUUGUGGGACCCACCUUCAGCUUCACAGUUGACUCGAGUUUUCAUGCGUUGGCCAUGUGUUCCAGUGGAUUGUUCGACCGAUUUCCGAAACUUCAAAUGAUUUUGGGCCAUAUGGGCGAACUUCUCCUAGGCCAACUCGGCCGGAUUGACCACUGGCUCGAAAAAAGAGAUCGAGGACGAGGCCUCCCUGCGAAGAAGACGCUUCGUGAAUAUCUAGAGAGUAAUGUCUCGAUCACCACCGCUGGAUAUUUCUGCACACCGCCACUCCUAAACGCAAUCACCGAAAUUGGUGUUGACCGUGUCCUAUUCUCCGUAGACACGCCUUAUGAAAAUAUUACGGAGGGAUCAACGUGGUUCGAUACGCUCCCCGUUAAUCAGGCCAGCAUCGUCAAAAUGGGCAGAAACAAUACUUUGAAGUUAUUUCCACGACUUGAAGGUCGUUUGCGCUCUUCGGAGGUUGAGAAGCUUCAAAAGGAUAGGAGCCGCGUGCUGUUCACCACGAAUCCUGGGUUCGAAAUACCAGUCGAGACCUGUCCACGGACUGGCGGAGCAAGCAUAUAA